AUGGAGAACUUCCCAAUCAUCAACUUGGAGGGCCUCAAUGGAGAGGGAAGGAAAGCAACAAUGGAAAAAAUCAAAGAUGCCUGUGAGAACUGGGGCUUCUUUGAGCUUGUGAGUCAUGGGAUACCAACUGAGUUUUUGGACACAGUGGAGAGGUUGACUAAAGAACACUACAGGCAGUGCUUGGAGCAGAGGUUCAAGGAGCUGGUGGCCAGCAAGGGCCUUGAGGCUGUCAAGACAGAGGUCAAUGAUAUGGACUGGGAAAGCACCUUCUACUUGCGCCAUCUUCCAAAAUCUAACAUAUCUGAAGUUCCAGAUCUUGAGGAUCAGUACAGGAAUGUGAUGAAGGAAUUUGCAUUGAAGUUGGAGAAAUUAGCAGAGCAGCUCCUAGACUUGCUCUGUGAGAAUCUUGGACUUGAACAAGGGUACCUCAAGAAGGCCUUCUAUGGAACAAAUGGACCAACUUUUGGCACCAAGGUUAGCAACUACCCUCCUUGUCCCAACCCUGAGCUGAUCAAGGGUCUCCGGGCUCACACCGAUGCCGGCGGCCUCAUCCUGCUCUUCCAGGAUGACAAGGUCAGUGGUCUGCAGCUCCUCAAGGAUGGCCAAUGGAUUGAUGUGCCCCCCAUGCGCCACUCCAUUGUUAUCAACCUUGGUGACCAACUUGAGGUGAUCACUAACGGGAAGUACAAGAGCGUGGAGCACAGAGUGAUUGCCCAAACUGAUGGCACCAGAAUGUCAAUAGCUUCCUUCUACAACCCUGGCAGUGAUGCUGUCAUCUACCCUGCACCAACACUGGUGGAGAAAGAAGCAGAGGAGAAGAAUCAAGUGUACCCGAAAUUCGUGUUCGAAGACUACAUGAAGCUCUAUGCUGGCCUCAAGUUCCAGCCCAAAGAGCCAAGAUUUGAAGCCAUGAAAGCAGUGGAAACCAAUAUCAGUUUGGGUCCAAUUGCAACAGCUUAA